CAUUUCUUUAAGUUGCUCCAAGUUUAUAAAAACAAAUCGUGUAUGAAUGUGAUCCUAAAAUCUCCGUACAUUACUGAGAAAGAAAAUUCCAACGAAAAUAUUUCAUCAUCUAACUUCGGUAUACUACGGGAACUCUAGGUCCUUCAGUCCGUCCCUGAUGGGUGAUUUUUCGCUCCUGCGAGAGAUAGAGAGGGGGGAUUUGUAAAUACCCGUCAGCUGACCAGGCUAUCUCAAGUAUCUCAACAUUCUCAACUCAACUAUUUCAAGAAAGGCGAUAUUGGAGCACAAUGUUUCAUCCGAAGCCGCGACAGUGAAAUCGCCUCGUGGAGGCGGGCUCGGACGCGGUAGUCCGGACUUGAUGUACACGUCGAGAUACAUCAGCGCGCUGUUUCGAGCGAUAUAUCACGUACGAGGAGCGAACGUGGUGGGGGAAACUGGUAGAUGCCCAUCAGCUGACGAGGAUGCCUCGGAGAUGCUUCGCGGUUAGCAGCGAGCGACGACGACGACGACGACGAGGGGGUGGUGGAGGUGGGGGAGAAGCGUAGGUGUCCCCGCGGGUUGUUCGAGCCCUGCGGCCUGGGGGUGAACGGACGAUCGAGGGCACAAGGAUGUUCUGCGCGGAGGGCUCGUCGUCGAAGGGCAGUUUCCUGCAGCAGAAGAAGGCCGCGCGCGAGGAUCGGGCCCAUGAGAAGCGUAGGGAGGCCGCGGCUACUCUGAUCCAGGCCCACGUUCGUUCCUGGCUGGCCCGCGUCCAGUUCACCAAGUGGAUACUAGAAGAAUUUGAUAACAAUUUCCUUGAUGACGCCAGUGUCGACAAUGCAACGGUGGAACUAAAACCUGCUCUGGAUGUGUAUAGAAUAAUUUCUAGAUUUUUGCUAAUUUAUAAGAAGGAAAGAGAUCAAGAGAGGAUAGAGAGAGUGUGUAGAUACCUUGUGCUGACUCUUGAUUCCGAGUCUCCAAAAAUAUCUUACGUCGGAGUAGCGUUCAACAAGGAUCAUUACAUAUCAUGGAUAUCACAAAUGAAGACAGUUUUGUACCACUGUCUCUCCGGCUUGGACAGCCUAAAGCCGGAGAGGGUAUCGGACCACAAAUCCAUAUUGCUGCGACUGCAUACUUUGGUGAGUUUUACAUCGCCGGGAACGUGGGCUAUACAGAAGGUGAAGGGCAUGGACCAGUUGAAGACCGGCAUGAGCCAGCUAUGCGCAAACAUAAUGGGCCACCUAGUUAAUAAUGGAUUCUAUGGUACUAUGCAGGCUCUCUUAAUGAAGGGACUUGGUAGAGCGAAAAUUGCUUUGAAGCCGGUUACACUUUCAGCAGCGGUUACUCUGACACUGAGACCACUGAUCUCUUCGCAAAUGUCCGACAAGCUGGUCUCCCUGUUCCUGAUUAACAUCUUUAGCGUGCCAGCUCUGGUCUAUCAUCUGAAUGUCUUGUCACCGGAGUGCAUUUCGUCGUUCAUAACGAAUAAUCUGUUUGCGAGAAGUUUGGAGUUGCUAAAUUCUGAGCAAAAUUUAAGGAUCGUCUUUAAUGCCCUCGAGGGCAGUUACGCGCUUUGUUUGCUCGCUAAUUUAAUACAACUGGCGAAUAUCGAAAGAGAAGAAGUGCUGAGAGAGAUUUGCUUUCCUUCUUUUACGUUUGUUGUGACGAGAAUGCUGGAAGCAUGUCAACAAUACGUAGUCGCCAAACGAAGUAAUUUGACGCAUUGGCAUCCAGUAUUAGGCUGGUUUGCACAGACGAUCGACACCUCGUUACAGGACGCGACUCCUUCGGUAAAAUUGCAGCUUGCCUGCCUUUGGACGGGCAGGAUCGUUACGCAUUUAAUCGAGCAGCCACUAACCGAAUUCGUUGAAAAAGAGGUACCACCUCCGGUAGAGCAGCAAAGCACCUCUUCCAUAGGCGCCAAUAUUUUCCGACGAGCGUUUCUUGAGGCUCGCACUAAUAGGAACAACAGCACCAAGAAUUACAGGAAGUUAGGCAGUCCGGAGGCUACCAAGAUAUCUCUGAUCUGUUCUCUAUAUCAAACGGCACUGCACACGCUCACGCAAAUGAAGAUCGAGAUAUUGACGGGAUUGUGCUAUCAGGGUAAAAUUCUUUAUCACAUGUGGCUAUUUCUGACCACCCUGGGACCGCACUGUGGUCUGAAAGCAUUUCUAGAUCUCUUGGCGGCGAACACUAAGUGCACGGCACCUGAAUUCCAGAUGUUGAUACUGUUCGCCGAUUGUAUGACACACUACGUUACCAUCUUGGACGACAUGGAAAUGUACGAGCACCAAGAUCCCUUCAAGCUCACGGACUUUAUCACUAUGUCGUACUUUUUAAAUCAAUUCUUGUACAAAGCGGUUCUCACUAAUUUAUUCGAUGUGAAGUCGGUAUCCAGCAAUCCUCUGUUUAUCUCACUUUACAUUCUUCUAAUGGCAAUCUAUCGACGCGACUGCCGCAGAACGUUCUGCCCAGAAGGUCAUUGGUUAGCCAAGGAAGUACGAGUAUCUGGCUUCUUGGCCGAUUUGGAAAAAGGACGACGCGGCGCAGCGCUUUUACUCUCAAAAAUGCCUCACGUCAUCCCCCAUUCGGAGCGAGUCGUAUUAUUUCGCAAGCACAUAGCCGACGAGAAAGCAGUGAUGGGUUUGACCGAGAGCGCUUGUAACAGUCCACCAACCACUCUCAUCGUCGUACACAGAACGCGGAUAGUUGAGGAUGGAUACAGACAGUUGGCCAUGUUGCCGUCACAAGCAUUGAAAGGUAUGAUCAGGGUACGUUUCGUGAACGAGCAAGGUCUAGCUGAAGCCGGCAUCGAUCAGGACGGGGUUUUUAAGGAGUUCUUGGAAGAGACAAUAAAACGAGUAUUCGACCCAUCUCUGAACUUGUUCAAAGCUACCAGCGAAAACCGGCUCUAUCCAUCCCCCACGUCUUUUAUGCAGGACAAUCACUUGCAACUGUUCGAGUUCGUCGGACGGAUGCUCGGCAAAGCAGUUUACGAGGGCAUCGUUGUGGACGUGCCUUUUGCGUCGUUUUUUGUCUCGCAAUUUUCCGGGCAAACAGGCGGUGCAUUAUACAGCUGGCUGGAUGAGCUUGCCUCCCUAGAUCGCGAUCUCUAUCGUAGCUUGACUUUGGUGAAGCAUUAUAAGGGCGAUAUUCGUCAGCUAGAGUUGACAUUCUCCCUCGACGAGGACGUGCUCGGCAAGUUGGUCACGCACGAGCUGAUCACUGGCGGGCGCACUACCGCCGUGACCAAUCAGAACAAAAUUCAAUAUAUCCACCACAUGGCGCACUAUAGAAUGUAUCAUCAGAUCAAGGAGCAAACGACCGCCUUUAUCAAGGGAUUCCGUUCGAUCAUUAAUCCCGAGUGGCUAUCGUUGUUUUCGACGCCCGAGUUGCAAAGAUUGAUCUCGGGCGAUAACGUACCUUUGGAUCUGCGAGAUUUACGCAGGCAUACGCAAUACUACGGCGGAUUUCACGACAGUCAUCGAGUGGUAUGUUGGCUAUGGGACAUUCUAGAGAAGGAUUUUACAGAAGAGGAAAAAGGCUUAUUUCUAAAGUUCGUGACAAGUUGCUCGAAGUCACCUUUGCUGGGUUUUGCUCAUCUGGAACCACCUUUCUCCAUACGAUGCGUGGAAGUUUGCGACGACGAGGAUACUGGUGACACUAUUGGCAGCGUGAUUAGGGGUUUCUUUACGAUUCGCAAAAAGGACCCGCAGAACCGACUGCCCACUUCGUCAACGUGUUUCAACUUGCUCAAGCUGCCGAAUUAUCAGAAGAAAAGCACGUUGCGGGAGAAACUGCGCUAUGCCGUCACCAGCAAUACUGGAUUUGAACUUUCCUAAGUGCUGCCAGUCGCGCAUUUCUAAUCCAAGAGAAGCGACGAGUGAAGGAUUAUGCGAGUUUGUCGAAACAUUGCGUGUGACAGUUUUCAACAAUCGGAACGAAAUGAGAUUCGAUCGACAAUCGGAACAUGCCGAGAGAUUUCGUAGGGAUGAAAAGUCAACUGACACGAUCGAUACCUCAGAUUCGACGGUAUCUAAAGCGAUGUCGAGUGAUGCCUAAACCGCCCUUAUCCCCAUCCAAUGCAUAAUCUACAACCUGAUUAAAAGCGUCACUAUUUAAAUGUUGUUUUUGAGAUGGCGCAAACGUUUUAGAGAGGUCAUUCAGAAGCAUCGUGAUUUUCUUUGGAGAACAUUGCAACAUCAUUGUUCGGGGAUCGAUGGUAUCGUAAAACAACAUGAGAAUGUACAACAUAAGGGUACACAAUAACAAGCCUGCGGAUAGAUAACUGUUAGAUACAUACAUAUAUAUAUAUUUAAAUAAAUUUCACCGUAUGACGAGAGCUGAGUAUUUUAGGAUGAAGUCUGUUUAUGACGUUUGUUUCUGCUGUCUUCAAUAUACUCAUACAGGCACACACUACCGAUUUGAAAUACACCAUACCUCAUGAGCUUAAUACCGCUGAGAUAAUUGUGCGCUUGUUAGUGGAUAGAAUCGUUGAUCAACAUUACAUUAAGAUCGGGAGUGGCGGAUAUUUAAAUUUAUUUUCAUAGAUAAUAUUGAAGAUAACGUUCGUUAUAGAUUAUCCCACUGAGUGGACAUCCAACUAUCCAAGAAAUUGAAUGAAUAAGCAGGAAAAGGCCCUAUCCACAUUGUAACUCCGAAAAAAAAUUGUAAUAUCUUCCAAAAUUAUAAAUUAUUAAAUUAUGAA